GAGUGUGCAGGCAGAGCGCUGACGGACUUUUGGAGAGUUGAGUGUUGUGCGCUCUCGCUCCGCCACUCGCCACACGCGAACGCUCCUCGACGCUUCGGUCGCUCUCGCUUCUCCUCGCGGCGGAGAUGGACGUCAUCCCGAUGUGCAGCAUCUUCCAGGAGCUCCAGAUCGUGCACGACACCGGAUACUUCUCGGCGUUGCCGUCGCUGGAAGAGUAUUGGCAGCAGACGUGUCUGGAGCUGGAGCGCUACCUGCAGAGCGAGCCCUACGUGUCAGCCUCAGACCUGAAGUUCGAGAGCCAGGAGGACCUGUGGAGCAAGCUCAUGCUGGCCUGCGGCGACAAGUCCGACCAGACGGAUCCCAAACUGCGGCGCAUCAAAGAGGAGGACGACAGCCAGGACGUCCGGCUUCUGGACGCUGGCGGAUUCAGCUCAGACGCCAGCAGCGAGGCCUCCGACAGCUCGGAGGAGCUCUCGCCCACGCUCGACUUCCCCUCCAGCUCCUUGGCUGACAUUCUGGGCGAUGGCGGGGAAGAGCUGGGCUGCGGCAUCAUCGGCACGCCGCCGUCCUCGCCAGAGCUGAAGGAGAGCCCGGUGGGUCAGGCGUGGGGCGGGAUCACGACGGCGUUGCACUCGCCGGGGAAAGUACGGACUGGUGGCUCGGAGCGUUUGGGACUCAACAGCGGAGAGGCGUCGCCGGACGGGAGGAAGCGCGUGCACCGGUGUCAGUUCAACGGCUGCAGGAAGGUUUACACCAAGAGCUCGCACCUGAAGGCUCACCAGCGCACGCACACAGGUGAGAAGCCGUACAGGUGUUCCUGGGAAGGUUGCGAGUGGCGCUUCGCCCGCAGCGACGAGCUCACCAGACACUUCAGGAAACACACCGGAGCCAAACCUUUCAAAUGCAGCCACUGCGACAGAUGUUUCUCUCGCUCUGACCACCUGGCGCUGCACAUGAAGCGACACAUCUGAGGACGUCCCGGCGCUCGAGGGCCAGAGGGAUGAUUCUGGUUGGUCGUCCUGACCCGCGAGGGGGAAUCGGCGAGCCGGAGCGCGGCGGUGUUCCCGAAACACGAAGCAACGCAGGCUAUUAUUUGCACCGUACUUAGUGCCUCCAACGUCUCGCUGCGAGAUCUGCUCUUUUUUUCUAACCGGAGGAGCGGGAGGGAGGGGGAGCGGGAAAGAUCCAGAGGCGACUUUCGGGUGUCCGAUGCUUUUUUUUUCCCCUUCGGAGGAUUAUGGGACUCGGGUGUGGAGCCUCCGCUGACAGUGUGUUUGCCUGAGCGCAUGAGUGCCUGCGACCGGACGCCUGGACCGGAUUUCCGGAGCGGAUGCGGCUUGCAUCGGCGCGGAGCACCCGGACGAUCCUGGGGGGCGGGAGUUGGGGGGGGGUCUGUUGUAUGAAUGAACGCUGGCGAGUGUUCCUCCUGUCUGCUGAGAGAACGUCAGUCUCGAACGACCCCGACUCACUGGGAGGUCUUUUUGUUUGGUGCAGCUAUUAAAUGUGCAAUGUGAAACCGUCUGGAAACUUUAACGCUCAUUCGUCGUCCACGUGAAGCUCGUCAGACUUUGAAGAAGAUGAAGCGGCUCAGAUGUUCUCAUCAGAAGGUGCAUGAGGUCGAGGACGCGCUCACAUCGUUGGCUUCUGGUUCUGGUUCUGGUUCCAUUUGUUGCUAACAAGUCAAGCUCGGCGAGUGCAGCUGUGAGUGAACAAACUUCGGCCGUUCAAUGUUCUGAUUCGCAAAACAGAGUUUGGCGGCCAUGUUGAAUUACGUAACAUUGCGACCAACCAGUCGGAGGCGAAGAUUGGUGGAUUAAAAAAACGCUUCUUUUCUUAUUAUUUGUGACAGUUGUGCCAAAUUAGCUUGACGCUAAGGUGUUGCUAACAGAGGCUAAGGCCUCCACCGUUUACACUAUUGUUAAAGUGUAGCAAAGCCAGUGCCACUACAUUGUAAUAUUAUAUUAAAUUAUAAUGGCAUUUUAUCUGGUCUUUUUUUACGUAAUGUGGCAGUUUAUUUAUUAGCUUCCUAUAGGGGGUGCUAGAGAGGCUCUUCCUUUGACAUGACUUUUUGACGUCGACUGCCUUUAGAGAACAGUCAAGAUUUAGUUUGUCGUUUUAUGCUCCUCAAGCAACAUCCUAACGUUCAAAUCUAAACCAGGAGAAAACUCACAACUGCACUCGUGUGGAUGGUUUCUGUCUAAAUUGGGUUGCGAGCAGUUUGGUCUGAACCAGGACUCGGUUUAAGAGCAGCUACUUUCAUGUUCUCAUCAUCAGUGUGUUGUUGUCACAUGAGGCCGUGAUUUCUUUUGUUCUAAUGUCGGGGGAUGCCACUGUCGCUUAGCAACUGUCUCGAUGAUGCGUUCCUCUUCUUCACCUCUUUGGUUCUCUGUAAAUGCACUGUUGACCUUACUGAUGCCUUAUGUAAGUGGCCUUGUCCUGUUAUGACACACACACACACAGACACACACACGGCGGGGGUGCAGAUAUCGAAAGCUUUAUUCAGAUCCGUACUGUGGCACCUUCUUCUUUUUAAUGUUCCUCUAAAUUGCUGAGUAAUGACAACAAUAAAAUAACGUGCAGCUUCACAGUCACUUUUACAUCCAUGUGUUUUUCAUUUGGUGUUUCACUCGAGAGCAAAACCUCCAGACGGGCAGAGAGGGGAGAAGGUCUCACCGAACCAGCGACACGACUGAAGCCACACGCUCAGUCAGCUGGUUCCAUGUGUGACCGCAGUGUGAGUUAAGAAGUGAGUUACUUAGUUGGACGCCUAAAAAGAGCAUUUUUUAAAAAUAGUUUUGUUGCGAUAAAUGAACUUUACUUAAAAAAAUGGAAGAUAAAAUUCCAUAAAGCCUGGUUGUUAGCUUAGCAUAGCUAAACAAUGAGCUGGACUUUCAUCAAAGCUAGCUUUCCUAGUUCCUCCUAGAUUUUUUCAUUGGUGACAGUAAAAGUCAUGGUCUAAAGGUCCAGUUCAAGGAUUUUGUUCCUUUGACUAUAGUCUAUUGAAUAGACUUAGUCUAUUAAACUCUACAUGCAAUGAGAACGAAGGUCCUUCGCUGUUGUCACGCCCCCCUGGUGGCCUGUCGUGGAAAUGCAUCACAUGUUUUUGUAAAAGCUACUGAGUUUCGCUCGACCUGACCUCAUGAUGUGCGGUGGGCCCUUGGGGGUGUCCCAGCUAACGCUGCAUGGAGACAUUCAAAUCUUGCCUCCUGGUCUCUCAUGCUUUGUUGACGUUCUGAGACCUUCCGCGUCGGCCCUCAGGCUGAGUCGGCACUUUUGCUCUCUCAAACAUCCCGUGAUCCGAGCUGCAGCGUGAAACUGGUCGAACCAGCCCUGCUGCGCUGCAGGCGUCCAGGUCUCAGAUUCAAUGCCAAACUGUUCGAUUGGGUUGACGUCAUGGUGACCUGGUUUCUCCCCGAAACCUUCAUUUAUUUCUGUUUGCCUGCCGUAACGUGACACCUGUACAGGAACAUUCACCUGAAGCGCUUCUUCGCUGGGAAACUAGGGACCAGUGUCGCUGUACCUGAUAACUGGGGGCCUGCUCUUGGUUCUGCUCCACCAACUAAGCCCUACCAGGGACCCUGAAAGCUGGGGAUGACUACUCGGACCGUACCAGGGGUGGCAAGGUCACAGUGGAGAGUAGAGUGAAGCUUUGCCACAGGGUCCCUCUAGGACCGGGUCUAUUGACGGAGCUCCUCACCACAGCUGUAGCAGCAACACCCCUCACUGAGUCCCAAAAGCUUGCACCUCCUUUAGUGAUGUUUUGAGAUGGAACAUUGGCGAGCAGAACAUCUGCUCAUGACCAUCAUCUCCGAUGGAUCCGGAGGGUCAGCAGAAGUUUGCGUGAGACAGGUGGAGAACAGAAUAUCUGGCCCAGAAGCUCCGUUUUUUGUCUCUUGUUAGCGAACUUUCACGACGUCACACUUCUCACACUGAUCCAUAGAGAGGAACAUCUGUUGUUCAUGUGACGUAGUUGAGCACCAGAAAACGUUCCUCAUCGUUCCUCAUUAUCACGUUUUUUUUUGUCGCAGUCAUCACAUCUGGUGAACAAACUGAGCUCAGAUCUCGACACCGUUUCUAUCACUUCAACUGUACCUUCAUUUCGACUUGUUGGUUUCCGUACCUCCCCGGACAUGGAGAUGGAUGUCUGUAACAGAACCACACAAAUGUGACUUUAUUUUGUUGAUCUUUUUUUUUUUAAAUGAAUUGUUUUGUAAAGUUUCUGUAUGAAUGUAUUUUUUAUUGGCGGUAAACAAAAAAAGGAAUUAAAACAAA